CACAUUAAUAAAAGCCAUGGAAAACAAGACACGGAUACAAGAAGCGAUUAAAAUCCAAGGUGAAAGCGUCCGGAGGUUAAAGUCAGAGAAGGCGAGCAAAGAGCAGUGCUAGGGUUGCUUACCACUUUUCUCCUGUUCUUCCUGCCUGACCCUGGAUGACCUUGGCCUGCCUUGCCCCUCAUCAUCAUCACCACCAUCUACGUCUGGGGAAUCAAACCCUCCUGGAUGUUACUGUGCAACUCUCCUCCUACUGACCAUUGUAAUUGGCUGCUGUGGCUGGCCCUGGACAAUACCACUGGAUAAUGCUGUACCCAUGACAUACUCCUGAACUUUUGCUUGUCCAAUUUCUGGACUUUUUUUUAACCCUUAUUUUUUUGUAUCCCCUGUGCUGUGGGAUGAAUAUGCUGGGCAUAUUUUGUAUUCGUGCUUGCUAUGGUCCGGUGGGCUUUUGGACUGCAACACGUGUCCGAUCUCUGCAUUCUUUUUCUGGGAUCACUGUGGCUCAGAUUGAUGAAGAGGUAGCCAAACUGCUGGAGCUGAAGGCUCAGUUGGGAGGAGAUGAUGGCAAACAUCAGUUUGUCCUCAAGACAGCAAAGGGAACGAGGGACUAUAACCCCAAGCAGAUGGCCAUUAGAGAGAGAGUCUUUAACACCAUCAUCAGCUGCUUCAAACGCCACGGAGCAGAGACCAUUGACACACCUGUUUUUGAACUAAAGGAAACGUUGACAGGGAAGUAUGGAGAAGAUUCCAAACUCAUCUACGACCUCAAAGACCAAGGAGGAGAGCUGCUGUCCCUCAGAUAUGACCUCACUGUGCCCUUUGCCCGCUACCUGGCAAUGAACAAGAUAACCAACAUCAAGCGCUACCACAUUGCUAAGGUGUAUCGCCGCGACAACCCAGCCAUGACCCGUGGACGCUACCGAGAGUUUUACCAAUGUGAUUUUGACAUAGCAGGGCAGUAUGACGCCAUGAUUCCAGAUGCUGAGUGUCUAAAGAUUGUCCACGAAAUCCUCAAUGAGCUAGACCUUGGAGACUUUCGUAUCAAGGUCAAUGACAGACGCAUUCUCGAUGGGAUGUUUGCUGUGUGUGGUGUUCCAGGUGACAAGUUCCGUACCAUCUGUUCAACAGUGGAUAAACUGGACAAGAUGGCCUGGGAGGAUGUGAAGAAGGAGAUGGUAAAUGAGAAAGGCUUGUCAGAGGAGGCUGCCGACCAGAUUGGGGAGUAUGUCAGUAUGCAGGGUGGAAUGGACUUAGCAGAGCGCCUCCUUCAGGACCAGAAAAUGUCUGAGAGUAAGCAGGCCUGUGCUGGCCUCUCAGACAUUAAGCUGCUCUUCAGCUACCUGCAGCUCUUCCAGGUCACAGACAAGGUGGUGUUUGACCUCAGUCUGGCCCGUGGUCUGGACUAUUACACAGGAGUCAUUUAUGAGGCAGUGCUGACUCAGGCAGGUGUGGCCCCGGUCUCCACUGAAGCCCAACAUGGGGCACCUGCAGAUGAGAGUGUCAGUGUGGGCAGCGUGGCUGGAGGGGGUCGCUAUGACGGCCUGGUGGGCAUGUUUGACCCCAAAGGCAGGAAAGUGCCAUGUGUGGGCGUCAGCAUUGGCAUCGAGAGAAUCUUCUCCCUCAUGGAGCUGAAGGCUGAGGCAUCAGCAGAGAGGGUUCGUACCACAGAGGUUCAGGUCAUGGUGGCGUCUGCUCAGAAGAACCUGCUGGAGGAGAGACUCAAACUCGUCACUGAGCUCUGGAAUGCUGGCAUUAAGGCAGAGGUGAUGUACAAGAAGAACCCCAAACUGCUGAGUCAGCUGCAGCACUGUGAGGAGUCGGGGAUCCCCCUGGUGGCCAUACUGGGAGAACAGGAGCUGAAAGAUGGAGUAGUCAAACUACGUGUUGUGGCCACCAGAGAGGAGUUUGAUAUUUCCAGAGCUGAUCUAAAGGGUGAGAUCAGGAGGAGGACCUCUGAGAACUAGCCAUUCCUUUCCUUCCAGCUACAACCCCAGCUGCAUCACCUGAUUGGUUAAAACACAGACCCUCUGCAGAAUUUUGUAAAAAAUUUCUUGUCUAGUCCUCUAUGGAGCAUGUUGGACAUCAAUGCAGUCCUGAAAAACACAUCCAAUCUCAUUUUCACAGCAGCUACAUAGACUGAUAUUAAAUGGAGCAGGUGUGACUCGUGUAAGGCUGUAACAGAGCAGGAAACCAAAAGCAAUGGGGGUGUUAAGAUGAUGUGCUUCUUAAAAGCUAACACUGUCAUUAGGGAGCAUCCAGAAAAAUAUGAUGGAGUUGACAUGAAAUGUGACAUGUUUUGGAAUUCUGUGUCUGUCAUGUAUUUGCUUUCAGUGUCAUCAUUGUACGAUAGGGUGCUCUGAGGAACAGAUAAUUGAUGCUAAUUCAAGCAAAGUUUCUUAAACUCCAAAAAGCUGCUGGAGAUCAAUUUGGCUUUAAUCAUAUUAUUUAGAAAAAUGUUUUUUUAGAGCAGCAUACCUGUACAAAUGUUUUAUUUCCUCAGGACCAAGUACGAGAAACUCUGACAUUUACUUUCUGCCUGAACCCAUCAGAUGAGUUUCUGCAGUUCAAUUUCUGACUUCAGCUCUUAACAAAAAAAAGGCUAAUUUCUACCUGUAUCAAACAUGCUUGUUCUGUUCAGUGUCUGAAAUAAACACAAUUAUAUCA